UACGCCGUGUUAUCGGAAGAUUCACAAUUUGAUAAGCGGCGUGGAGAACCUUUGGGCUUUGGAAGUGUUCGCUCUAUAAAUUCAAACUGCUUCAAGCACUCUCUCUACGUGCCAGGCAGAGUGCCAGCUGACGAUAUGAAGCGAAAGUGCAGAAUACACGGAAACGACCAUUGUCCAAUCAAUGUUUUGAUUUAUCACUCAGGUAGCUGCCGCCACGCCAUAUGUCCGUACUCUGUAGCCUUCACAUUUUCGACACGCAGACAAUUCCGAAAGAUUCUCUUUUCAAAAUUUUCGCGAAAAACUUUGACUUUUGUGUGUUGAAUCUACCUUUCUCGUUUCUGUUAGCAAAGUUCUCCUCCAUUGUUUUUAUCGUACCUGUGAAUGCAGAGCCUAUGUAGUUUAGAAGCUCGUUGAAUGCUGAUGUUGUUGCAUGUGGCACAUAUGUUAUUCAGCGUCGUUGCUCCGUUGGAUUUUCCAGCUGUCGUCCGGUUUUCUUGUGUUGCCUCUUCGUACUGUUACUAGUGAUUCGACCACUGUCCAUAAACGAUAAGGUCCGAUCGCAGAAUGAUCCAUCCAUAAUGAUAUGGUUACCACGUGGAAUAUACGGCUUCGUGUUACUGGCAAAGCGCAAAAUUUUCAAACACCCUAUCAUGAGAGACACAGGAAUGUGUCUUCUUGUCAGCCUGCUGUGGAUGUUGCUAAAUACAUUUCGACACUCCGCAACACAUGAGGAACCCUUGCUUACCGUUCCUGGCAAGAGCCCGGAGCGUUUCUUUAGCAAAUCCGCCGCGGUGCGUGAUUAUUACCGCGGCGAACUCGUUGGGUUGGCACAGAAUAUCCAGGCAAACGAUAUUACCGUCACAUUCUUUUAUGCGACGUGGUGCAUUGCUUCCGCGGAAAUGCGACCAGUAUUCGAAGAUGCCGCUCGUUCUUUUAAGGACCAGGCGUCAUUUGUGGCUGUAAACUGCGCAAUACACGGAAGCCAGUGUGCAGCUAAGCGGCGUCCUGACCAUUUUCCACUCGUGGGAGCGUUUAUCCGGCGACGUCGGAACAUGUUUAUCCCAUAUCGCGGAUAUCCUUCUGCGGAUCAUUUUGGUCUUUUUCUUGAGCGCUUGGUACGACCAUUCGUUCGGAUCGAUUCGAGAAACGAUUUCUUUGCGUUCGUCGACGAGAACGAUCUUGCAGUUGUUGCUAGUUUAGACCUUACAGAACCAAGGGGCCUUGAUGUCCUGUGGAAUACUUCUCUUCUCAUAAUGCGCCAUGAUCCACGUCACGAUGUAAAGUUUGCGGUGAUCACGAAUACUCAGCUUUUUCAGCAUCUUGGAUUUACUGAGACCAAUAUUAUUAGCAUUAUCCGCACCAGCAAUGUGGAAAAGGCAAUCCGAAACUUUCAUUUGUUACCUGAAACCACAAUCGAAGAGGCAAUAUUGCCGUUUAUCCUGAAAAAGCCCAUUCGUUGGCUAUUUCCCAUGUUCCAUCGAUCGACAGCCCUGGCGGAAGUUACACGGAAUGCAACACUUGUUGCUUUCAUGCCCUACGACGCGCGCCGUCACUGUAACCCGUUGUACGAGACGGUUCGCAGAAUUUCUCACAUAUACCAUGAUUGUGAGAAAAAGACGGUUAUGGAAGGCCUGCUCGAGCUCCUGAAGCCAGAUUCAACUACAUCAGAAAAUCGCUGUCGAUCAGAGGGCCUACGGUGCGAUAAUCUUUCUACAAAAUUUGCUGAAAUCGGUGUCCGGCGUGGGCGUUUGCGGCGUUCAAACUGCAUGUGCAUCGGCAAUUCAUCGGAUUUCAAUGAAGAUGUUUGUUGGAUGCGGAGCAUGGAUGGCUCCAAAGAUAGCUUUCAAAAUGCAAAAUCUAUGCCGCCGGUGUAUUGUGAUGGUAGGCAUAAAUGCUCGAGUGGUGUGCUCAGGUGGAGAAAGUAUUCAGCUUGCUGCUACUCCCAGCAACUCCAACCCGAAUUCGACCUUAAUGUGCCACUGAUGCAAAUGGAUGCCUGUCGGAAUCUUAAACAAUGCUGUGAUAAUACAGUUAGACACUCGUUUCACCCGACUGACCUUCCGAAAUUGUCUUUGAUUCAUGGUCUGGGAUGUAGAACAAAUCGAUCGUUGAACGUUAUUGCCAUCGACUCAAUGACUUAUCCCGCAUUCCUGGAUAAUUUAGGACUUGCAUUAGGACAAAAUCAUUCCCGAUUUGUCAUUGUGGAUAAGCCGUCUUCGGAAAAGUAUAUAUUUCCUGGGGAUGUUCCGUUAACUUGGCCGCUUUUGGUUGACUUUAUCUAUAAUUAUACGAGAAAUACGCUGGAAAGCCAUCGGCGGUCGGCUGAUGAACAAAUCGGAAGGAGCCCUCCUGGAAACGAUGAAUAUUCCGUGAAAAUCGAAGAGAUAUCUGGCGGAAAUUUUUCGAACAUUUUCGAUUUGGAAGAGGAUAUAGUGAUGUUAUAUUACGCGUCUUGGUGCACGUUUUGCAAGGCCGUAAUGUCGGUGUACUUCAAUGUGGCAGCAAAGUUUUUUGGCAUCACAGGGAUUAAAUUUGCUCGUAUCAAUAUUCAAAAGAAUGAACUUCCUUGGGAGUACCGCAUUAUUGAAGUCCCUACUCUUCAGAUUUUCUCCGGAAAAAGGAAAAGGGACAAUAUUGCUACCUUCCCGCGUGAUGUUUUGAUUACUCCAUUGACUCUGCUCAAAUUUAUUUUGCUCCACGUGGACACACCGGUUUGGCGCGGUUUUGUGUCCGACAAAUGUGAUAGUAAAUGCUGGAACGCCAAUCGCGCUCAGGCAAUUAAGCUGCGGCGAAUCUCGCGGAAAAAUUUGGCAGUUCUGCGCAGUGUUCGUUCAAAUACUCGUAAUAAAGAGGCUUUGAUAUGGAAAAUUAUUGGAGUGAAGCGGAGGUUACGGAGUCUAUCCGAAAUUAUAUCCAAGGAAGAAGCGCACAUUUUUUUCAGGAAGUUUCUUUCCAGUUCAGCGGUUAACAUGUCUUCGAAAUGGGCCUUUAGAAAUUUAGUGUCUUCCCGGUUCCUUUCGUGAAACCAGUAUUUUUCUUUUUUAUUUAUUGUAACGUCUACGGUUUUAGCCGUCCCGGUCUUCCGACUGUAUUGUGAUAGAGCCUUUACUAUCUUUUUUGCAGUUGUUAACAGAUUUUUGAUUUCAAAUGUUAAUUUAUAUUGAAGUUAGCAUGUCCUUUCUCAUUGCAUCAGCAUUUUACCGUCCACAACUUUAUAAUGCUACUCCAGCUAUCAUCAGUUUUAUUUACGCAUUGCUUGGUGAUAAGAUUUUUAUUGGUUUCUUUUGUCACUUUUUGUUUGUUUGCAUCUGUUUGAUGUUAAGUGUAAAAAUGGAUGAAAAGCCUGCAGAGAAGAGCACACCUGCAGAACACUUUGCCAGGCGACUGCGGAGACGCAUUUUUGAAGAUCAGAAUAAUAUUGAUUUGGAUGUGGGACAAACAACGUUAAAUGCUGAAGAUUUGCGACUUUUGGAUGGUGUGGAUUUACUGAACGCUACAGUCAGUCCGUUAUUGUACAUGGCGCUGCAGCAGAUAGUUAAAAUACGUCCUCCGAAACCGCGGCAGUGGUUGGCUGUGUAUUUACUGAGUCGGAAGCCGGUUAUUGUGGACGAUGGAUUGCCCCAGCAAAACCAUGAUAGCAUUUGAAAUUGGUUGACCAAAUGUCAGUGUGUUAUCCCCGUCAGACUCACAUUAAAGAAUGGGAGUCUGUGGUCGUGCGUUGGGAAAGCAUCGUGAUAAACAGUGUUUUGUUUUGAAUGCUUUAAACAUUCGUUAUUUUAUCGCUGUAUUGUCUGUAACUGUAAACUGCAGACAUCGGCUUUCUGAUUGUACAAUAUUUGACGCAGCUUGAAGUGCCGCAUCAAAAUA